AUGGCUUCCGGCGACAAGCUUUCAUCCAUCUCAAAGUUGAAGUCUGCAGAGCUGUUGGAGCUUAUGAAUGCUUACCUGCAGACCCCGGCAGGCGAUGACCUGAAGGAUAAGAUUGGACUUGUUUAUCAGUUCAACAUCUCUCCCAAGAAGAUUGGAAUUAACGAGGAGAAGUUUACGGUGGAUUUGAAGUCCAAGAAGGUCACGGCAGGCGUGUAUGAAGGGAAACCUGACGCAAUGUUCUCUUUCACUGAUGCUGACUUUGUUUCUGUCGCUACUGGCAAGUUAAAUCCGCAAAUGGCGUUCAUCAGAGGGAAGAUGCGGAUAAAGGGAAGUAUGAAAGCUGCUCAAAAGUUCACUCCUGACAUUUUUCCUAAGCCAGCGAAGCUGUAG